GGAAGGAACAUAGAAAGAGAAGAACCUCUACUUUUACAAAAGCAAACAAUUCUCAUCAUGAGAUUUAACUUUCUCUAUAGCCUUACAGCUAAAUAAUGGUGGUACUGGUUCCAUCUUUGAUUAGCCACAAUGUCAUCUGCUCUACAUAGGAUUCUACUUGUUCUUUGCUUGGUUUCAUUACUAUUGCAGAUGACUGCAGGAGGAGGGUUCAGAGAAUGGUGCAUAGCUGACGAACAAACACCAGAUGAAGAGUUGUUGAAGGCACUUGAUUGGGCCUGUGGAAAGGGAGGUGCAGAUUGCAGUAAGAUACAAGUGAACCAGCCUUGUUACCAUCCAAAUACUAUAAAAGACCAUGCAUCUUAUGCCUUUAACAACUACUACCAGAAAUUCAAGAACAAAGGAGCUACUUGCUACUUCAAUUCUGCUGCAAUCAUCACCGAUCUUGACCCAAGCCAUAAUUCAUGCAAAUUUGAAACCGUUCCCUAGGUGGAGGGCAAAAUCAUUGCAAUACUUUUCGUUUGGAAAGUUUUCAGACUUGUUGACAAUGAGCCUAUUUUGGUUUUUAUUGAAUGCUAAUGUUCCCUAAUUCCAAUUUCAACCCUUUGAAAAACCCAAAAAUUGUCAUCUUUUCCUUAUCUCGCUAUGUACCAUCCCUAAAUCCAUUUUAAGGUACACACAUAGAAGAAUGCUUCUUAUUAUUCUUA